GGCAACAAACUCUCCAUUCCCCUCAACUCGACUCCGUCGUCUCCCCUCCAUUUCGAUCAUGAGCAUCCCGGUGAACGGGCAGUCGGUGGUGCCGCCGGGGUUCCGGUUCCACCCCACGGAGGAGGAGCUGCUCACGUACUACCUCGCCAAGAAGGUGGCCUCGCAGCGCAUCGACCUCGACGUCAUCCGCGACGUCGACCUCAACAAGCUCGAGCCAUGGGACAUCCAAGAGCGCUGCCGGAUCGGAACUGGCCCGCAGAACGACUGGUACCUGUUCAGCCACAAGGACAAGAAAUACCCCACGGGCACGCGCACCAACCGCGCCACGGCCGCCGGGUUCUGGAAGGCUACCGGCCGGGACAAGGCCAUCUACUCUGCCGCUGGCUCCGGCCGCAUCGGCAUGCGCAAGACGCUCGUCUUCUACAAGGGCCGCGCCCCGCACGGCCACAAGUCCGACUGGAUCAUGCACGAGUACCGCCUCGACGACGCCGCAACAACUGGCAAAAACCCAGCCAACCCAGCCGCCGGGAACGCCCCCUACUACUCCGGCGGCUCAUCCCCGAUGGGCGGCGUGGCGGGGGACCAGUCGUCGGCGCAGGAGGACGGGUGGGUCAUCUGCAGGUUGUUCAAGAAGAAGAACAUCGCCGUGCAGCACCAAGCUGGCCAGAACGCCGGCAGUGGUGCCGCGGCGUCCAACAACCUGGUCGGCGCCGGUGCCAUGGCGCGCAGCCGGAGCAACUGCUCGUCGACGGUGGCCACCGCCAGCGACCACGCCAAGGCUACCCAGAUACAGCAGCAUUACUCCGCCAGCGACGACGGCGCGCUUGACCAUAUUCUCAACCAGUACAUGCACGGCCGCUCGUCCACGACGUCGUGCAAGCAGGAGACCACCAACCCAUCAUCGUCAGCGCUGGACCACCUGAUCAACAGCGCGGGCCACAACGGCGGCAGCACCCUAUACGAGAAGUUCAUGAAGCUCCCGCCGCUCGAGCACGUGGUUCCCGGCGGGCUCCUGCCGCCGCCGACCGAGCACAGCGGCGACUGGGACGCCCUUGACCAGCUCGUCGCGUACGAGCUCAACGGCCUGUCCGACGCCCCGUCGGCCAAGACGACGAAUGGCAUGCCCUUCAUCGUCGACGAACUCAGCGGCGCCACGCCCUUCUCCGGUGGUGGCACGCUACACGUUUCCUCGAUCACAGGCGCCAGCGACGGCGACCUGUGGAGCCUAGCGCGGUCCGUGUCAUCGCUACACGCCGACUUGAGGAUAAACUCCUUUAACGCUGUCGGAUGCUGACACUACCUAGCCCAAACUUUCUUUUUGCGCGAGGACACUAUUAUAUAUAUGGAAUUAAUAUAAUUGCAAGGAACGAAUAUUCAAAUUUGGAAUAACAA